ACUGCCACUGAAGGCGCACGGGGGAGGGGGUGAGGUAAAGAAAGUGAAGUAGGUAGCACCGGUAACUGGACCUAGCACACCGGGACCUGUGACCUAUGACCUCGGCCGAGCUCCCUGCGGUUUACAUGCGCCGUCAGGAAACGGGGCCAGUAGCGGGAAGGCGUAUAAUCUGAGGAAAGUGAGGGAAGCGGAGGUGCCCGGUGACGGCUGAAAAGCUUAGCGUGUCUGGCAGUACGGAUCCGGCAUAGGGUUCCACUCUUCCCUUCCUCAAUCCCUUGUCAUAGCUGGAAUGUAUUAAAAUGCUUGGCCGGAUGUGUUGAAGGUAAGCAAGGUGCGUCUAGCAUUGAUGUCAUAUCUGCAACAGGAACAAUGGAUCAGAAGAAAAAUUUUGAGCCCUCAAGUUCCACACUGAACAGUGAAGACUUUGUCUUGGUUGCAAUGCAGAAUGAUGGCUCGUCAAACUCGGAGGACAAACCACAACUCAAGAUUAUGUCGAAUGGAGAUGAGCAGUUGGAGAAGGCCAUGGAAGAGAUCCUCAGAGACUCGGAAAAAACACAAAGCCACUCAUGUGAGAAUGAAAACGUAACCGAUUUAAGCUCUUUACCGUCACCCAGUGUCUUUUCGGAUGAUGUUUCCAAGAUUCCUUCUCUGACCUUACUUCUGGAUCCAUCCAAUACAGAAGUUCCGGUUCAGAACAGCAGCGCUAUGCCAAACCCUCCAGAAGAAGAAAGUGUUUUAUUUCACAAGCUUACAUAUUUAGGGUCCAUGAAGGUUUCAGCACCGCGCAAUGAAACAGAGGCUCUGCGUGCCAUGGCUUCCAUGAGAGAACAAUGUCUCGCACCUGUCCCCGUGACCCUCUAUGUACCCAAUGUUCCUGAGGGCUCUGUCAGGAUUAUUGACCAAACCAACAAAGCAGAAAUAUAUUCUUUUCCAAUCUAUAAAGUGUUGUUCUGCGUGAGAGGAAGAGAUGCGACAUCUGAGAGCGAUUGCUUUGCUUUUACAGCAAGAGAUUUGGACGCAGACGAGUUUCAAAUCCAUGUGUUUAGCUGCGAGAUCAAAGAGGCGGUGAGUAGAAUAUUAUACAGCUUCUCCACAGCAUUCAAGCGCUCUUCCAAGCAGUGCUCCGAUGUAAAGGACUCUGCCCUCCCCUCUUCAGACAGUGAUGUGUUCACAUUCACCGUGUCCUUAGAGGUCAAAGAAGAUGACGGCAAAGGAAACUUCAGCCCAGUACCGAAGGAUCGGGACAAGCAGUUUUUUAAGCUACGGCAAGGAGUAGAGAAGAAAGUGGUGAUCACCGUCCAGCAGAUGUCAAAUAAAGAGCUUGGUGUGGAUAGAUGCUUCGGGAUGCUGCUUAGCCCAGGCAGAAACGUGAAGAACAGUGACAUGCAUCUCCUGGACAUGGAGUCCAUGGGGAAGAGUAGUGAUGGAAAAGCAUAUGUGAUAACUGGAAUGUGGAACCCUAAUGUUCUAACCUUCCAAGCGCUCAAUGAGGAAACACCCAGAGAUAAACGUGUGUUCAUGACAGUCGCUGUGGACAUGGUGGUCACCGAGGUGGUGGAGCCAGUUCGGUUCCUUCUGGAGACGGUUGUGCGGGUAUACCCCACAAACGAACGUUUUUGGUACUUUAGCAGAAAAACCUUCACGGAGACCUUUUUCUUGAAACUCAAGCAGGCUGGAAGCAAAGGUGGUGGUGGUGAUUCAAUGUAUGAAGUCCUGAGUUUGCAUCGUCAGUCGGAAUCAGAGGAGACACCAAACAGCCCCACGAGUCCUGGGGGUUUACCGACUCCACAGGAUGAGGAGGAACCAGAGGAAGAGAGUGACAGUGAACUUUGGAGUGGAACUGGGGAUGUAUCAAAAGACUGUCCUGAGAAUAUUCUAGCUUGCUGGGGUCAGUUACUCAACAAAUGGAACAGCAACCUGAGCGUAAGGCCAAAAGGACUGUCAUCCCUGGUGAAAAGAGGGAUACCCGACGCGUUGAGGGCCGAGGUGUGGCAGUUACUUGCAGGCUGUCACGAGAACCAGGAAUUGCUUGAAAAGUAUAAAAUGCUCUUCGCAAAAGAUUCUGCCCAAGAUAGCGUGAUCAAAAGAGAUGUCCACCGCACGUUUCCAGCUCACGAUUACUUCAAGGACACUGAAGGAGAAGGACAGGACUCGCUCUAUAAACUCUGUAAGACAUACUCUCUGUAUGAUGAAGACAUCGGCUAUUGCCAGGGCCAGAGCUUCCUAGCAGCGGUGCUGCUCCUGCAUAUGCCAGAAGAGCAGGCAUUCUGCGUGCUGGUCAGGAUCAUGUAUGAUUAUCAGUUCCGCAACCUCUACAAGAAUAACUUUGAGGAUCUCCACUGCAAGUUUUACCAGCUCGAGCGUCUGCUGCAGGAACAGAUCCCGGAUCUCUAUUCCCACUUUGUUUCGCUGAAUUUGGAAGCUCAUAUGUAUGCCUCUCAGUGGUUCCUUAGCCUGUUUACAGCCAAGUUCCCACUAUGCAUGGUGUUCCACAUCAUGGACCUUCUUCUUUUAGAGGGUCUGAGUAUCAUCUUCCAUGUGGCGCUGGCUCUUUUAAAGACUUCCAAAGAAGACCUUCUUCAGGCUGACUUUGAGGGAGCCCUAAAAUUUUUCCGUGUCCAGCUGCCAAAGCGUUAUCGCGCAGAGGAGAAUGCAAGGAGGUUGAUGGAGCAGGCUUGCAACAUUAAGGUGCCAACUAAAAAACUCAAGAAAUAUGAGAAGGAAUAUCUGGCCAUGCGAGAGAGUCAGCUGCAACAAGAGGAUCCAAUAGAGAGAUACAAGCGGGAGAAUCGCAGGCUACAGGAGACCAGCAUGAGACUGGAGCAGGAAAACGACGAUUUGGCCCACGAACUGGUUACCAGUAAGAUCGCUCUGCGCAGUGACCUGGACCAGGCGGAAGACAAAGCCGAGGUUCUGAACAAAGAGCUGCUCCAGACGAAGCAGAGGUUGAUUGAAGCUGAGGAAGAGAAACGCAAACAGGAAGAGGAAACCGCUCAGUUAAAGGAAGUCUUCCGAAAACAACUGGAAAAGGCAGAGCUAGAAAUCAAGAAGACCACAGCAAUUAUAGCAGAAUACAAGCAGAUAUGCUCCCAGUUAAGCACCCGGCUAGAGAAGCAGCAGACUGCAAGCAGAGAGGAGCUGGAAAUUGUGAAGGCCAAGGUUAUGUCCUGCAGUCAGUGCAGUGAGAUCUUCAGCAAGGAAGGACCACUACAGGCCACCGGAGCUGGGAAAGACAAGUCAGGCGGUGGAGGAGAUGACGAGAAGGACUCUCUCAUGAAGCACCUGCGCGAGAUGGAGCUGGAUUUGGCUCAGACCAAACUGCAGCUUGUGGAGGCCAAGUGCAAAAUACAGGAACUGGAGCAUCAAAGAGGAGCUCUUAUGAAUGAGAUCCAGGCUGCCAAAAACUCCUGGUUUAGCAAAACCCUGAACUCUAUAAAAACAGCAGCAGGGACCCAGCCGACGGCACAGUCCCCACAGGGAGCGCAGGCAUCCAGCCCCGUCCUGCAGGCUCCGAAAGACAGUACAUAGCACCGGAACGGAGCAAAUAACAAGAGCACAAGAUGACCAAACGGGAAGCAAAUGCGGCCAGAAACGAGGUUCUCGAUAUAUGCCUCCCUCUGGGAACGGACCAUCGCAUCCUUCAGACCUCCUGCAACCGCUUCAUGGCGCUUCCUGCAAAGUAACUUUUCUUUAAUCAGCUGCCACUUUUACACUUUAUUCCUUUAAAGAACUUCUGUUAUUUUAGUAUAUCAGGGCCUGAGAAGUCCAGAAGGCAAGUUACUGUGUACUGCAAAGUACGACAUGUCUUAACACAAAGGACCCUGCUUUGUGUGUGUGUUUUGUAAGUAUAAAUAUGUUUAUAGAAAUGCAACUUUCCAUUUUGACUGAACAUUUUAACAUAAUGCUGCCUAUGAAAAUAUUAAAUAUUCUAUUAUUUUUACUAUUACCAUCGUCUGUGGGAUUUACCUCCCCGAGACACAGCGUUGAAGGUAAAGCAGUUUGGUAACUCUUAUUAUUCUAUCGCAGAUAGUUACAUCAUACGUGUAAUAAAAGUCAUUGGCACACACACAGUUUCUUUUUAUUAUUAACGUCCAGUGACUAGCACACUUAUACAUUGUAACGGGUCUCAGUGCUUUUAAUGGCUUGUUUUAAUACUGUUUGUGCCAUAGCUUGUGUGCAGCACUUUGCUUUGCACACCGGGAUGUAGCGAAUGGAGGAAUUGUCAUUGCUACGGGCUGGCGCCGGGUUCUAGUUUAUAUCUGUGUUAGAGGAAAUCACAUAAUCUUUUAAAUGUGCGCAAAGACUGAAAGAGUUUGGACCUGUUGUCAUUCACAGCUUUUAGCAAUAUUAAAUGUAUUUAACGAAA